CAUUUUUCUACCGUUUCUCUGACAAGCGAUUUGUGUUUCCAUUAAUCAUGUGGUUAGGUCGGGCAGUUUGGAUCUCUCAAAUCGGAUAAAACGUUUUCGUAUUAACAACGAAGCAGGCCAAUACUAACAUGGCCUUCGAAGGAAAAAUCGUAUUUCUGGGACUGGCAUCAAUCUUUGCUGCGCUUGGGGUAUAUCUAUACCGAAGCAAAAAGAAGGAAAUAGUCCCUUGGCGGUGGCGCGAAGUCGGAAAAUUGACGAAAUUAAACUUAUACCCAUUAAAAAGCGGCCACAGAAUAGAGCUGAGCCACGCGGAAUGCACAGAGUUUGGUCUACGUCAGACCCCUGAAGAUGGCAAACUACACCAACUUAGAGACAGAUGCCUGGUCGUGUACGCGGAAAAAGACAACGAAUUCCGUACUGCCCGAACUUAUCCGAAAAUGGUACUGAUCGACGUAUCGGUCCAUGACGAUCGGUAUUUAGGGGUCGACGCCCCCACAAUGAGAACUCUGUAUGUCGAAAUACCCGACAAAAUUGAUAAAAAGGAGUCGAUAGUCAGGUUACACCACGGCGAGGAGAUUUACACGAUCGACUGCGGUGACGAAGCGGCCUCUUGGAUAUCCCGAUAUAUCCUAGAAAAAGAGUCCGGGUUGCGUCUGGGUUACCAUGACGCGAGCGUUAGACGCGAUAUAACAAGGACGCACAAGCGAAUAAUGGAUUACUAUACGAAUUUGUCCAAUUCUUCAACCGGUUUAUAUUCCGAUUUGGCGAGUGUGCUUUUCGUCAACCAGUCAUCAGUUCGCGAUCUAAAUAAACGUAUAGGCAACUCUAGCGUGACAGUUGACAAUUUCAGGCCAAACGUCGUAGUAGACGGGCCUGAUAUUGAGCCUUACGCGGAAGACAAUUGGGAGUGGAUCAAGGUUGGCAACGUCGUAUUCAGGAACGUGAAAGAAUGCACCAGGUGCGUAAUGACUACCAUUAAUCCUGAGAAUGCAGCCAGGAGCUUGGACAGGGAGCCUCUGAAAACUUUGGAAACAUUUCGCAUGAGCAACGGUCCAAAUAAGUUGCCGGUUAUGGGCGUGAAUUGUGAGGUUAGGAAACCUGGGAUUAUCAAGUUGGGCGACCCGGUGUACGUAGCGGAAACGGAAAAGCAAUAGACGUAUGGAACUAGCAUUCAGUAGUGAUUACGCAAUGUUACGAACAAAUGCCGUUAUUUUAUAAAUAUGUUAACGUUUUUUUUUUUCAUGUAGCAAUAAAUGUAUUAAUUUUAAUUAAUUAUAUUAUUAAUUUAAGGGGUUAAAUAUACGAC